AGUCGUCUCACCUCCCUCACUCCCCAUCGCCAUUUUCAUUCUUCCGCUUCUUCAUCAAUGGCUGCUGCUGCUACCACAACUAGCAGCUUCCAGAGAACACCCGCCCUUCAUCUAACUCUAACGCCAAAUCGGCUUUCGAAGCUCCCCUCCUGUGCAUUUCCGCAACGCAGCAGACAGUCAUGGCCAUCACAACUUCCUCUUAUAUCAUCUUCCUCAAUCUAUUUCUCUUAUAAGUUGUCUCGUCUCCCAGUUGGUUUCUUUUUGUGCUCCGCUUCUUCACAUGACGAAACCCUCGUCACUGACGAACAAAAGGAUGUCGUCACUGAUGAAUCUCAGCCACAGCCGGAGGAUUCAGAAGGCAUGAGUUCGGAUGAUGAUUCAUCCCAGGGUGAUGAUACCAUAGUGGAAGAAUCGCCUGCAACCAUUUUGGCAUCAUUGCAGUCAUACAAAGAGGCCUUGGCAGUUAACGACGAGUCAAAAAUAGCUGAAAUAGAAACUCAUUUCAAGUCGAUUGAAGAUGAAAAAUUAGUUUUAGAAAGACAACUAGCAACACUGUCAGAUGAACUUUCAAACGCAAAAGAUCGAGUUCUUAGGAUAAGUGCAGACUUUGACAAUUUCCGGAAGAGGACAGAAAGGGAACGUCUUUCGUUGGUAGCAAAUGCACAAGGUGAAGUCGUUGAAAAUCUUUUGGGUGUUUUGGACAACUUUGAACGAGCUAAAUCCCAGAUUAAAGUGGACACCGAAAAAGAGGAGAAAAUCAACAACAGCUACCAAAGCAUAUACAAGCAAUUUGUGGAGGUCCUAGGCUCUCUUGGUGUUGUUCCUGUGGAGACAAUUGGACAGCCAUUUGAUCCAUUGCUGCACGAAGCCAUUAUGCGUGAAGAUUCUACUGAGUUUGAUGAAGGUGUAGUAAUUCAAGAAUUUCGCAAGGGGUUCAGAAUUGGUGAAAGACUUUUGCGUCCAUCAAUGGUGAAGGUAUCAGCUGGUCCAGGACCUGAAACCGCUGACCCCGUAAGCCCGUCUGAACCAGAAGCUUCAGUUCCAGGUGCAGAAUCAUUAGGUGAACCAGAGGAUGUCGACAAUUAUACGGAGGACCAGUCAGAACCAGCUCCAUCCGAUGAUGAAUGAUAUAAUACAGUUAUAUAUAUAUAUAUAUAUAUAUAUAUAUAUAUUCAGUUAGUGAACCCAUAAUUUACUUGGCAGGAGGGGUGUCAUGCCUUUGCCUCCUGUAGUUGGGGAUUGAAGUGGGUCUUUGCAAAGAACUACCAUUAUGAUGCCUGUGGAGCGUCUACUGUCCUAGUUACUGGUAUAUUUUUGUUUCUUUGCUUUAUUUGUUUUUAGCUAUAGUGGUGUGCUACUGUGCAUGUGUURCAAAUCUCUGAAGGAAAUAUAACCAAUCACACCUCUCUUUGAAGUAAAGGUCUGUGAUAACACCGGAUGAGGUAUGACUGACAGGACAUGCAGUGAAUGAAUUGUGCAAGUUUUUUACGGUUUUAAUUUGAUAUGGGUGGUUUAAUAA